CGAUGGUUAAAUACUGCCUUUAACGCGGCUCCCACUCUGGAUGUCGCUGUCCACCAAUAAGGUGCUGAAAUGUUCGCGUUGAUCCUCCUUCAUCAGCCUUGCUUCUAAACUGCCUAAACCCACGGAAACUAACGGUAAAGUCUUAAACAAGCUUUUUCCCGUUAGAGAUAACAAGCUGUUCGUCUCUCUUCUUAACUUUAUACCACAUUGCUUUCAAAUGGGAUUACGAUAUUGUGCAGAAGUUUAUAUUUUAAGACUAGCUGUAAGUCGGAAAAAGAGUUUGCUAGAGCUCGCUUUCUUGCUGAUGACAGCCUGACAUCGAAUUGGAUAAAUAAAUAUAAAACCGGGAGUAACAACAAGGGCUGAGAUGGACAUAGCUAAUCUGCAGUUACAGAAAACGACCAAAUGGCGAAGUUUAAUCCUUGUAACUUUUGUUCUGGACCUGAUUUCAGGUCAGAUACGCUAUACUAUUCCCGAAGAGCUGGAACAUGGGGCUUUUGUUGGUAAUAUUGCAGAAGACCUUGGCAUUGAUGUUUCGAAACUGUCAGUUCGCCGCUUCCGCAUCGUCUCUGGUGCCUCAAAGCAAUAUUUAGAAGUAAAUUUAGAAAAUGGGAUAUUGUUUGUAAACGAAAAAAUAGAUCGCGAGGAACUUUGCGAGGCAAGCCUCAUUUGUUUCUUGCAUUUACAGGUGGUUAUUGAACACCCGCUGGAACUGUUCCGCGUAGAGGUAGAGAUACUGGAUGUGAAUGAUAAUGCUCCCAGUUUUCCUUGGGAUGAAUUGGUCCUGGAGGUGACUGAGUCUGCAGCUCCUGGAUCACGAUUUCCCCUGGAGAGUGCCCAAGAUCCGGAUGUAGGGGCCAAUUCAUUGCGUGCUUACCAACUUAGUCCUAACCAAUAUUUUGCGCUGGACACACAGACCCGUAGCGAUGGAAGCAAAUUUGCAGAGCUGGUGUUGGAAAGACAUCUUGACAGAGAACAUCAGAGGACCCAUCAAGUGACCCUUACAGCUCUAGACGGUGGGUUACCAGAGAGAUCUGGCACUGCUCAGAUAAUUGUGCGGGUCUUGGAUGCCAAUGACAAUGUGCCAACUUUUGAUCACUCUUCUUACCGUGUUACCUUGCAAGAAAACAUUCCGAAAGGAACCUUGGUUAUUAAGUUGAACGCCACUGAUCUGGACGAGGGUACCAAUGGAGAAAUUGUCUAUGCAUUCAGUGGUCAUGCUCCUUUAAAGGUUCGAAACCUAUUUACAGUGGAUCCACAGACUGGGGAGGUACGAGUAAAAGGGAUAAUUGAUCACGAGAAAGCCCGAUCACAUGAACUUUAUAUACAGGCUAGGGACAAAGGACCAUCAGCUGUUGCAGUGCACUGCAAAGUACUAGUGGACAUCAUAGAUCUGAAUGAUAACGCGCCAGAAGUGAUCUUGACUUCUGUGUCCAAUUCCGUACAGGAGGAUACUCCUCCCGGAACGGUUAUAGCUGUGAUCAGCGUCAUGGACAGGGACUCGGGAGAAAAUGGUCAUAUUGAAUGCGAAAUCCCUACGGACCUACCGUUCCAACUUCACUCUACCUUCCAGAAUUAUUACACUUUAGUGACAAACCGUUUCUUGGACAGAGAAGUUGUACCCGAAUAUAACAUUACGCUGACAGCUCGUGACUUGGGUUUGCCUCCUCUUGUAACAAGGAGAAAGAUUUCAGUUCAAGUCUCAGAUGUGAAUGACAACCCUCCACGUUUCUUGCAGCCCUCAUAUACUGUGUAUGUGACAGAGAAUAACGCGCCUGGUACCUCCAUUUGCUCAGUGUCUGCAUUUGAUCCUGAUUCCAACCAGAACGCGUAUUUGUCUUACUUUAUUUUGGAAGGUCAGAUACAGGGGAUGCCGGUAUCCACUUACGUCUCAAUCAAUUCCGACAGUGGCCACCUUUAUGCCUUACGCUCUUUUGACUACGAGCAUAUCCAUAACUUUCAAAUUCAAGUUCAAGCUCAAGACGCAGGCUUUCCAUCCCUGAACAGCAAUGUUACCAUCAAUGUAUUUAUUUUGGAUCAGAAUGAUAACGCACCAGUGAUCGUCUCCCCAUUACCAAAAAACGGAUCCGUGGCCACCGAGGUGGUACCACGAUUUGCAGAUCCAGGUUAUUUGGUGGGUAAAAUUUCUGCCACAGAUGCGGACUCUGGACAGAAUUCACGGCUGUCCUACCAGAUUCUUCAAGCCAGCGACAGCAGCCUAUUCAGUGUUGCCCUCUAUACAGGCGAGAUUAGGACACUUCGCGAAUUGACCGACAGAGACUCACAUAAACAAAUGCUAUCCAUUCUUGUAAAGGAUAGUGGUCAACCACCCCUGUCGGCAUCUGUUUCCAUACUUCUAUCAGUAGUGGACAAUAUGCCUGAGACAUUUUCUGACUUUGAUGACACGGCAACAGGGUCUGAGUCCUAUUCUAAUCUGACCCUUUACUUGAUAAUUUCUCUGAGCACUGUGUCCUUUACAUUUCUAGUGGCCAUUAUUGUCCUCACUGCAAUCAAAUGCCAAAAAGACAGACCUUCGAUCAAAGACUACAGGUGCUCUCUCUCCACAGGGUGUUGUAUUAAGUCAGGGGUCUCUGGUGAAGUGCACAAGAAGUCCAAUAUUAACUUACAAAUCUCCUCAGGGCACAAGGUCCCCACUAAUUGUGUGGAAGUGAGUGGUAACGGUUCAGUUUCUCAGGGCUAUUGUUAUAAAGUCUGUCUAACCCCAGAAUCGGCCAAGAGUGACUUUAUGUUCCUGAAACCCUACAGUUCCCCAACUCCUCAGAACAACGCGAGGGCCACUGAGAACAACCUGUCCAACCGAAACCUGCAACCCCCAAACAGUGCUAAUAACAGUGCUAGCCAGCUCGGAGAGAUUAAACAACCUAAUACAGAUUGGCUAGUGUCAAAGACUCAGAAUUCUGGGCCAAGCAGACCAAACUCUUGUGGUGUAGAAGGUAAUGAAGUUCAGAAAGCUAUCCAAGCUGUUCAAAGGGAUUCUGACAAAAUACGGUCUCUAUCAACUCCUGUCCCUGAGCGUAAAUCAGUGUCUCCUUCAGUUGCUGCUCCAACUUCACAUCGUGCAUGGACCCCAAGAUAUGGAGCAGUGUGUACGCAAAGUCAGCCUCCACAGGAUUAUCAACAUAAUGUUUACAUCCCUGGCACCCCAACUGUAGUGCUCAACAAACAUGAUGGUUUCACUGACCCACACUCCAAAAACAGUUUCUCAACUUUUGGAAAGAAAAAGAAAUUUAUCACAAAUUCAGACAAGAAUGAAGACUAUAUGAUAAACAAUGAACUGCAGUGAGCAUGACUCUUUUACAUAUGUCUUUUCUUUUACAGGGUGCAAUAAGUAAGAAUUAUAUCUGGGGUACAUGAUGGGUGUUUUUUUAAUAAAUAUCUCUGCAUACUUUGUAUAGCACAGGUGUGAAUGCUCAUCAGAUGUUAUAAGUUUAUUGACUUUUUAAACUGACAGGCUUUGUGGUUGUUAAAUAUCCCAAGUCACAUGCUGGGGGGUUGCAGUAACAUUCUCAUACAAUCAAAUAAGUGUUAUAUUUUUAAGAAAUACAGCUAAACAGCACUUAGUUAACUUUGUGGACCAAGAUGUAUUAUGGAGGUUAAACGUGCAUAACAGAAUGCCAUUUAUGGUUAUACUUUAUAGAAUAUAUAUAUAUAUAUAUAUAUAUAUAUAUAUAUAUAUAUAUAUAUAUAUGAAAAUGUCAUUAAACAACUAAUAAACAAAACACAGAACCUCAAGUGAGACUGAAUGCACAAAGCACUUAAUACUACUAAUGCUGAAUUAUAAAACAUUGAAUAAUUCUAUCCAACUUAAAAGCCUUGUAUCAUAAACCCAAGUUACAAAACCAACAUCAUAUGAUUUGGUAGUGGAAGUGAAAGGGAAAGGGUUUUUAGUAAUGUAAUAUGUAGGGUAAUGGGUAAGGACAGGAUUAGGAUUCAGGUUAAGGUUUGCAUCUCUGCCCCACCAUAUUUAUGUAUGCUAACCCUAAACCCAACCCUACAUAUUUUAUUACUAAACAGCCUUUCUCCUAGUAGUACCAUUACAAUAGACACCGAACACACAAACCACCAAACGCACAAAACACAAUAUUUAUCCCUUUACCUAACUCUUACUCUAACGCUAUCCAAGGAGCGCUCACAUAUACACACUAAGUGUUGUAACCUUUUCAGUCAAACAUUCCUUUUCCUGAACACUCCUACUUGCUAUAAUUUAGAAAUGAGCAUUCAGUCAUUUGUGCUUUCAGUAUUUUUUACACCCACACAAACUUUUCAGUCAAAUAAGUUUUAGGUAUUUUGAACAGUAACCAGAUAUAUAUGGUAAAGCUGUACAUGAAGGGACCUAGUCAGGGUCAGAACCACGAAAACUGCUGCAGGAGAACAUAAAGAGCUUUGGAUGACCUCAUCACUUUAGGUCACACAAACCAUGGCAUGAUACUGGAGUAGCAUUCAAUACAUUUUGCCUAAUCCACAUUUCUACAUUUCAAGUGUGGUUGUGCACACAGGAGUGCUGUAUGAUGAACUUUAGGUUAUAUUUCUUUUGAGCAUGUGAUGUUGAUGCAUACUUUGAGAUCUCUGUUUAACUUAUUUACUCUGCAUUUUACACAGCAAAGGCCACUGUAUUGCAAUUAGGAGGCAGAUGCAUUUAUAUCUACUGGACAAAAACAAGGGUAACUGGAAACACUAAGAUUAUGUAAAUCAUUUAUGAAAUAACAGUGUAAAUAAAAAAAAGAAUCCAAAUU